AUGAUAUCUUUACUUCCUAUCUUAGGUUUAGCCAAGAAUCUAUCUAAACAAUUUGCUGAUAUGAUGCACCCUACCAAACCUAAUGUCCAAAUAAACGUAAGCAAUGGACAAACAAUCGGCUGCACAGAAAUAUAUGGUGUAUAUGAAAUUCAGAAAUCCAAUAUUAGUAACCUCACUAUCUCAGAUACAAAAGUCUGCAAAUUUGUGAUUAAAGGUAACAAUGCAACCCUGACAGUUAAAGGUCCGAUUAUGGUGGAAUUAGAAUCAUCACAAGCUACUGUUACUGAUGCAUCAGAUAUCACAAAUCCACUACAACAACCUUAUAUCAUGGAUAAUUCCAAUCAUCAAUACUCAAUUAUAUAUGCUUACACAGGAACACCCAAACAAAAUUAUACUUUUCUAUCGAAUUCUUUUUCAAGUAAUCAAAUAUCUUAUAAAGGAAGUAAUCAAUAUAUUUCGACAAGCAAGGUUAAGCCGUCCAAAUACAAUGUGUGUAAUGAACCAGAUAUCACAACAGAUGCAGACGAAAAUGACAUGUUUGUUACUGUUACAGCCCCUUCAUCCGGAAGUGAUGAAUCUGGAAAUGGACAUGGAGAUGGAGGUAGUGGCUCGGAGAAAGGACUAUCCGGAAGUGAUGAAUCUGGAAGUAGUGGUGGCUCGGAGAAAGGACUAUCCGGAAUAGUGGUGGCUCCGGAUCAAAAGGAUCUAAAGUUGGCCUCAUAG